AUGUAUGAAACAGGCGAGACGCGCUCUGUCAGACCAACGUACAACCAGGUUUUAAAGUAUAGAAUAAGGCUGGCUGGCAGGACUUUUGGCAGCGGGAGCAUUGAAGUAGUCGCGCUUUUGCCUAAGCGCGAAGCAAAAAGCGAGGGAAUGGGGGGAGGCGCUACUCUCCCGGAUGCCCAAACGCUCCACAUGGGGAAGAGUAAUUUUAGAGCGAUUUUCCUCAUGCAUGCAAAGCGUUUGGCGCUUGGUCUUUGUGGUGCCAAAUGGCCCGUCAGUGAUAGGCGCUUUUUGCAAGUAGUGCGUAUGUCCUCAUUGCCAAUGGACAUGGAGGCAUUUAGCGCUUGA